AUGUCAUCUGGUUCAUCAAACAUCGAUCCCAUUGAACUGGACGAUCCGCAGAUGCCCCUCGCGGACGAUCCCUCCAACGAGGAGCGUCGUCCGUCCUUACGGCGACGACGACGUGGCGGACCCGAAUACGUGCGUCCCCAGAUUGAAGUGGUGCGUCGCAAUGCCCAGCAGAUAUACCAUCGGCGUCGCCCGAUUACACGGCAACGUUCGAGUAGCCAGCAAACGGAGUCGACUUCACGGCCCAUUCAUGUGGUUGGACCAGGCGGACAGGUCACUGUUCUGCUGCGACUGAUGUCACAGCAUCCCGGCCAGCGGGAGGUGGAGAUGGGCACCACAAUACGCAUGACCAUCGACAUGCCGGACACUCCCCCGUCCAUGAUGGGUUUGCAUACUAUACGGGGCUUGAAUGCGACCAUUAGGAGAAAUCCGUCCUCUGCAGGUCAGCCUCGGGCGCAGCCUCGAUCCCAAGGCUUACAGCAGCCAUUGCAAAGGGAAAUGGGUGUGCCAGCACCACAGCCUUACCGGCAAUCUCUGCCAGAGUCUCAAUACCUGAUGGAGUCCCAAAAUCAGAUGGCCCGUCAGUGUCGGCUGCCUCGGCGGGAAGGGCCACCCGUACCAGUGAUGCCGCCACAGCUGGACCAGAUUUUCCCACUUUCCUUGAGGCGGCCAGAACCAGCGUCUGAACUAGGUCCACAGCCAGGGACAGAACCACCAUCAGAGCCAGAGGUGGAGCUACCAGUGCAAGAGCCGUCGGCUGAUCCACAGCCUGAAGUGGGACCACAACCUUCCUCAGGGCCACAGCCUCAGCUCAGUCGUCGACCUUCAUUACAGUCUCAGACUCAAGAUCUAGACCCUAAUCCUCAGACCCCUUCUUCACAAUAA